UAAAUCCCAGCCCGGCUUAGCGCUGGGCACUCAGACCCGGCUCCCGGCAGCACCAUGAAGUCAGGGGCCAUCUUCCUCCUCCUGGGCCUCCUGGCCCUCUGGGCCCAGCUGCCGCCUGCAUCUGCUCAAGUGCGACCUGGAGUCUGCCCCAGGCCCCAAGGCCCGGGGGCCUGUGUGGAGAGAUGCCGGGGGGACUAUUCUUGUCCUCCAGGACGAAAGUGCUGCAGUAAUGGGUGUGGCCACGUCUGCAUGAAAGCAGUAACCCGACCGACAGGGAGAUCCGGCGUUUGUCCAAGGCCAAGUGGCUUCGGCAUUUGUGUGGAAUUGUGCAGUUCUGAUGCGCAGUGCCCCAGGAGACAGAAGUGCUGCAGCAACGGGUGUGGCCACGUCUGCAUGAAAGCAGUAACCCGACCGACAGGGAGAUCCGGCGUUUGUCCAAGGCCAAGUGGCUUCGGCAUUUGUGUGGAAUUGUGCAGUUCUGAUGCGCAGUGCCCCAGGGGACAGAAGUGCUGCAGCAACGGGUGUGGCCACGUCUGUACAACAGUAAUUUGAGGGCUUGCGUUCCCUCCCCAGGCCUGGGACCCCUCUGCCGGCCAUGGCAUCACAACCUGCCUGAGGCCGGGGCCGGGCUGAGGAGUCCUUCCACGACGGAUCUGCUACGAGGCCUGGGGAGGAUGCUCCAUUCCCCAGUCGCUCUUCCCUUCUGGUAGCUUACUCUCCCAAGCACCCCCUGCCCUCCAUUAGCUGCUUCGGGGGUGCCCUGCUGAGGGACUGCUUUGUGUCCUGAAUUUGGGGCCCCUGGCCAGGGAGCCAAGGGCUGUUGCUGCAGCCUUGGGGUGUGUUCCUCUCUGCCCAGCUCAGGCCGCUGGGCUUUGCGGAGACCCUUUUCUCUCUUAAUAAACGUGUGAUGCAUUA